CACCAAUACUGCACUCCAUCAGCAUGCUGGACGGCGUGGCGAGAUCAUGUCUCACAGUGAAGAUGACUUCGGGCUAGAUGAUGAUGACACCGCCUUCUUUGACGUGGCGACAAACCUCGAAGCCUCUCCAAAUGACUCUUUCCACUCAUCACCAAGACCCUCCAAGCGGAGGAGGCUACAAUCUGUACACUCUCCAGCAGCACAUGACGAAGAAGCUGGCAACUCUCCGUCCGGAAACUCGGACAUCGCCUCCGACGAUCCCGAUUAUUACUUCCCAGGGGAACUGGGCGAAGAUGAAGCUUCCAAACGCAACUCCAAGUACAAAAUCCACAUUCCGCGGGUCGGCGGACACUUCAAGGAUCAGAUCUUCACUCAAACCCAGACGGGACUCGAUGACAGCCCCAGUCGCUUUCGCGGUGCGAUAUGGAAGAGACCGGCCAUGCCUCCACCCCCGCCACCUGCUUUCAAUCCGAGGAACGGUAACAGUGGCAAUGCACCUUCAUUCGUCAACGCCGCCUCACUGCCUGGGUGGAAGCAGACUACUCUGAAUGGCUUCACUGCUGCGGCUAGCAGACUGCGGUCGGAAGAUCUCUUGCUGAGUGAUGCCGCUUUGGCUGCUCGACUUCAAGCGGAGGAGAACUCCCGCACUGCUUUGCCCGGAAAUGCUAUCAAUGGACAUGCUUCGCUCCCCCAAAAUGGAAUGAUCGAUGUCGCAGAUGAACUGGCUGACCUGCCAUCCGACGCCUUCUCAUCAUCAUCCGUAGAGAACUCGCCGGACAAAGAGGUUGUCAUCAUCUCUUCCAGCCGGGUGAUAUCCCAGGCGCAAGCGCACGGCCUCCGAGCCCCGCAGCAAGGACUCAAGCAAAUGACGAUUUUCGGACAGCCGGCCACGCAAGACAUGUCGGCCUCGCAAGCGCUUAAGAAGAGAUACGCUUGGCCUUUGACAGCUCGCAAUGAACCUCCCACCCAUCACCAGCUCGACGAGAAGGCAAUGGAAACGUGGACCUACCCUACCAACCUCGGCACCAUUCGAGAUUACCAGUACAACAUCGUGGCCAGAAGUCUCUUUCACAACACUCUCGUUGCUCUUCCGACUGGCCUCGGAAAGACUUUCAUCGCCGCUACCGUCAUGCUGAACUACUAUCGCUGGACCAAAGAUGCCCAGAUUGUCUUUAUGGCGCCAACAAAGCCCUUGAUUGCCCAGCAGCUCGACGCGUGCUACAGUAUUGUCGGCAUCCCACGCCGCGACACGGUGCUCAUGACUGGCGAGACGACACCGACGCUGCGUGCGGAGGAAUGGCUGGAACGGCGGGUAUUCUUCAUGACACCGCAAACCGUCAUCAACGACUUGAAGACCGGCAUCGCCGAUCCAAAGAAGCUGGUGCUGAUUGUGGUCGAUGAGGCGCACAAGGCGACCGGUGGCUACGCUUACACCGAAGUGGUCAAAUUCGUGCGAAGAUUCAACAACAGCUUCCGCGUGCUUGCCUUGACCGCCACUCCCGGCUCAACGGUUGAAGCCGUCCAGGCCGUCAUCGAGAAUCUCGGCAUUGCGAGGGUCGAGUUGCGAACGGAAUCCUCUCUUGACAUCAGGGAGUACACGCACGAAAAGCAAACGGAAACGCAAGUGUUUGACUUCAACGACGAGCAAGAAUUGAUCAUGGGACUCAUGGCGAAGGCCAUUCGACCUAUGCUGGAGAAGCUCUGCUCGCAGAAUGCAUACUGGUCUCGCGACCCAAUGCAGCUCUCCGCAUUCGGUCUGACGACUGCGCGACAGAAAUGGCAGAGUUCUGAUGCCGGGAGAAAGGCGCCGAUGCCGAUCAAGGGAAUGGUCAAUGCCGUCUUCACGAUCCUUGCCCAACUGGCGCAUAGCAUUUCGUUGCUGAAGUUCCACGGCAUCGUCCCGUUCUACUCUGGUUGCUUGGAGUUUCACAAGGGCGUGGAGUCUGCAAAGGCCAAGGGCAAGAAUGCCACUCAGAUUGUGGAGUCGGCGGAUUUCGUGAAGAUGAUGAGUACCAUUCGGGCGUGGAGGAGCAAUCCCGACUUCAUCGGCCAUCCAAAACUGGAGUAUCUGCGCGAGGUGGUGCUCAACCACUUUCUCGAUGCAGGAGAGGGCGUGCAAGGAUCUGAUGUUCCUCCAUCGGCCACGAGAGUCAUGGUAUUCGCGUCAUACCGAGACAGCACCGAAGAAAUCUGCCGAGUCUUGAAGAGAAGCGAGCCCAUGAUUCGACCGCAUGUCUUUGUCGGACAGGCUGCGUCCAAAGGCUCCGAAGGCAUGGACCAGAAGACGCAGAAUGCCGUCAUUCAGGAUUUCAAGUCCGGAAAGUACAACACGCUCGUUGCUACCUCGAUUGGCGAGGAGGGGUUGGACAUCGGCACUGUGGACCUGAUCGUAUGCUACGACGCAUCAUCCAGUCCUAUCCGCAUGCUGCAGCGGAUCGGGAGAACAGGAAGAAAACGGAUUGGCAAGGUGGUGCUGUUGCUAAUGAAAGAAAAGGAAGAAAGAGACUACGCCAAGGCGCAAGACAAUUACGCCUACAUCCAGAAGACCAUUGCGGAUCCGGAGAAGUACAAUUACCAGGACGAUCUCAGUCCUAGAAUCUUGCCCAAGCAUGUGCAACCAGUGGUGGAUAAGAGAAUCAUCGAAAUCCCUGUCGAGAACAGUCAACCUAUCGAUUUGAAUGAGAGGGGCAGGAAAGCCAAGGGACGAGCGAAGGCGAAGCGACCGCCUAAGAACUUUCACAUGCCAGAUGGUGUGCGGACGGGAUUUGUCAAGGCAUCGAAGAUUGAUUCGGAUGGUGACGACGAUAGCGCAGGCGAGUCGACAUCCAGGAGACAGCGCACAGGCAAGCGGAAAAGCAGUGCGACAAAAUUUAAGCCGCGAGCACCAUCCCCUGAACCGGAACCGGUGCAAUUGCCAUUUCUGGGCGAUGUGUUACUGUCGACCACCCAGCAAAAGGAGCUGGAGCGCACGUAUGCGCAUACUGCCAACGUGGAGGCUGAUGUUGUCAUCCGCGCCCCCAACCCGGCACGCUUCCCCGACUCGAUGAAGACAUUGGGGGAGACGAAGUACAUGCGGCAUGGACGAGCUACUCACACUGUUGUGCGCGCUCUGAGAGCUAUGCGGGACAUCAAUGGCGAACGAGUCGAGCGGAUGAGGAGCUUGCUAGCACCCGAGCUUCUGCACAGUGCUGGAGACGCCAGAGUGCGACUUGUCGAGCCUGCUGAUGCUGUGUCUGAGACCGACGACGAUCUCCCUGCGAAUCCCACCAUUGUACCAGCUCCAAAGAAGCCGGCAAAGGCAGCGGCGAAGCGCCAACAGCAGAAGCCACGUGCCGCUUCCAUCCACUCAGUCCAGUCCAGCGAAACCGAAGGCCCAGCACCAACACGAGCGCAGCCGGCAAAACGGCCACGCGGACGCCCCAAGAAGAAACAGCCCAUUCGACGUACCCACUCGUACGGCUCCGCGGCCGGGGAAGGCGACGAGUCGAGCCCAGAGCCGACGCCGGCUGAUAUGCGCAUCGGCACACAGGGCAUCGACCUCGGGUCUCGCGAUACAAGUGGAGAAGAUGAGGAAGAAGAGCUCGAUAGCGAUCUGGCGGAGUUUGUCGUUAGAAGCGACCAGCCUAUCGAGAUGGCUAGCUCUUCGCAGCAGUUUCCGGACGAUUCGCAGUCUUCGAAGCCGGUGGCUGCAACGAGGGGUGGUUUCAAAAGUGCUGCUUCGGCACGUCGUGGACAGAUUGCACUUGAAGCCAUGAGUGAGUCUGAUGCCGAGGCAGAUCCGGGACUUGCGGCGUUGGAAGAGGGAGUGGCGGAUGGCACAUCCGAUGUGGAAGAAGUCGCGGCUCCGGCCCCGAGAGUGCUGAUGAACAGGAGGAGGAAGAUUGUGGACGACAGCGACGAUGAAGAGUGAGUGACGCAUCGCUACAUACUGCCUAACGACGCCUCUCUUAUCUAGCAUCCGACUACAUC